AAAAAUAUAUUUUUAAAUCGUUUUUGAGGGGGGGGGGGUAUCUGUACUUUAUCUAUAUUUUUUGACUAAUUUUGCUUCACUAUAUUCUUAAUGAAAGUAAUGUAUUUUUUACCCUGACGUCCAAAAGUAGUCGUUCCAUUUGUGAACGUUUAGCAUUAAUGAAGAGAAGCCCGGUCGUCCGUUCCGCUAUAGGCGUUUCUACUGUCUGUAAUCUCACCUGGGUUUUUUCCUCUCUGUGGAUCAGCAGUAGCGGGACAGAGGAAUGUGUGUGUGUGGAUCAGCAGUAGCGGGACAGAGGAAUGUGUGUAUGUGUGUGUGUGGGGAAACUACAGGAACCACGGCAGGACAGCGCAAUGCUUGGAUACAGAUAACUCAUGUUCAGACAAAGAUGUCCUGAUGCGGCACUCCAAACAGUAAACCUUACCCUCCUGUGUCACUCUUCCUCAUCUCAACCUGCCCCUGCUGCUGCUCUUCCUCCUGUACUUCCUGCUCCUCCAGAACCAACUACUGGUACCGUUGGUUCCUCCCUUGGGUCCCCAACCCUCACUCGGCCGGUUGACAAAUCCCCGAUUUUCCCCUCCUCUCUGCUCCCCCGGUCCUCGUCCCUGAACCUCCUCUCCUCCCUCACCCCAGUCUUAGCCCCACUGGCCCCCGUCCCUGCCAACAUGUCCAUCGCCCUGAAGCAGGUCUUCAACAAGGACAAGACCUUCCGCCCCAAGCGUAAGUUUGAGCCGGGGACGCAGCGUUUCGAGCUGCAUAAGAAGGCCCAGGUGUCGCUCAGCUCCGGGGUUGACCUGAGGGCGGCGGUCGCUCUGCCCCACGGGGAAGAUCUGAACGACUGGGUGGCCGUGCACGUGGUGGACUUCUUCAACAGGAUAAACCUCAUCUACGGGACAGUGUGCGAGUUCUGCACGGAGAAGAGUUGUCCGGUCAUGUCCGGAGGUCCUAGGUAUGAGUACCGAUGGCAGGACGAUCACAAGUAUAAGAAACCAACGGCUCUACCGGCUCCCAAGUACAUGAAUCUCCUGAUGGACUGGAUCGAGGUCCAGAUCAACAAUGAGGAUAUCUUCCCCACCAGUAUAGGUAUCCCCUUCCCCAAGAACUUCAUCCAGAUCUGUAAGAAGAUCAUCUGCCGUCUGUUCCGGGUGUUUGUUCACGUCUACAUCCACCAUUUUGACCGUAUGAUGCUGAUGGGAGCUGAGGCCCAUGUUAACACCUGCUACAAGCACUUCUACUACUUCAGCACAGAACUCAACCUCAUAGACCGCAAGGAGCUGGAGCCGCUGAAAGAUAUGACGUCUGGGAUGUGUCACUGAGGUGUUGGAGCAGAACCACUGGAGCUGCUGAUGGCCUGGGAGGAGGUUACCAUGGAUACGCUGUGGGACGGGUGUCCAGUGAGCAGCAGAGAUGCCUCUAGUGGAGCUUGAUGACAUCAUCACUGUGCGUCUGGUCGCCGGAGAAGAACCAUGUUACCUGCAGAUUGGCCUGCCUGGCUGGAUGCACAGACAAGACAGGAUGUAGUUUGUUAUGUUAAAAGAACUCUCUCUAUAAGACCAGAUCACAGAGGAGGAGCUGAUUAACUCAUUUUUGCACGAGUUGAUUAUGUUCUAUAUGAGAGUAUGACUACUAGGACCACUGACUGACUGACUGACUUACUGGCAGGCUGGCUGGCUGACUGAUUCACUGGCCAGCUGGAUGACUGACUGAUUCACUGGCCAGCUGGCUGGCUGACUGAUUCACUGGCAAGCUGGCUGGCUGACUGAUUCACUGGCAAGCUGGAUGACUGAC